AAGAAGUCAUUAAAAUUUGACAAGCCCAUUGAGAUCACCUCCUGAUGAUUGAGAGUAUGAUUUUUGAGGCUAAAAUUUAAUUCAAGCUAUAUCAUCUCUUGGCCGUACAGAUAAAGCUGCGCUGCCGCUUCUGAUACUUCCUGAUACUAGCCCACCGCUGCAACCCGAUAAAAACACUACCCUCCAUCCGGCUUCCACCACCACCGUUUCUGACGCCCUCCUUGAGACCUCAAACAUUGGUUAAUUCUCUCCGCCGAUUAUUAAGUGCUAAUUCUCUUCUUCGUUCUUUGGAAAUGCAAGAAAAAGAACAAUAGUUGUGAUUUUCAAAUCUUCCAGGACAGAACGUUAAUUUAUUGUUCCAUCUCUGUUGAAUUCUUUCUGUUACUUAUCGUUUUCUUCAUUUUCUCAGCAACCAAACAAGAGUCUUUUUUUUUUGACAAAAAAAAAAACAAGUCUUUUUUAUCAUGGAAGUGGAAGUGAAACUUCGCCUCCCAGAUUCAAACGCUCACCAAAAGCUCUCCACCGUACUGUCUCUUUUCCGAGUCAAGACCUUGGCCCAAGAAAACAUCUUCUUUGACAGCAAAAACUCCCAACUCACCUCAAACCUCGCUGUUCUCCGCCUCCGCUUCUACAAUCUGGAUUCACACUGUGUCCUCUCCCUCAAAGCCAAACCCACCAUCUCAAACGGCAUCAGCCGCGUGGAGGAGCAGGAAGAGCCCCUAGACCCACAAAUUGGGCGCAUGUGUGUUGCUGAACCAUGGCGGCUAGGCUCGUUAGAAAACUCAAAUAUAAUCGGAAGAGUUAGAGACGAAUUUGGGGUUAAAGAGAAGGAAGGGUUUGUGUGUUUGGGUGGGUUUAGAAAUGUGAGACAAGUGUUUGAUUGGAAAGGGUUAAAAUUGGAGCUUGAUGAGACGAUUUAUGAUUUUGGAACUAGCUAUGAAAUUGAGUGUGAGAGUAAAGAUCCUGAGAAGGACAAGAGAUUGAUUGAAGGGAUGUUGAAGGAGAAUGGGAUUGAGUUCUCCUACUCAGAAGUUAACAAAUUUGCAGUUUUCAGAUCAGGGAAGUUGCCAAAGUGAGAGGUUUGUGAAAUGAUGGUUUUCUGAAUUCUGAGUUGUUUGAAUUGUUUCUUGCUUUAUUAAUUGUGCAUUGCAAUUAGUCUUUAGUUGGUUAA